AUGGUGUUGUUGCAUUCCCCCCCUGUUCAACAAACAUCUAUUGAACUGCAAUCAGAGUCAAAUCAUUCCUCUUCAUCUUCUCCAAGAAAAUUGAAACGUCAACCUUCAAACUAUUCAAAAUCUUCUUCUCAUUUACAAUCUUUAAAGCUUCAACUUCAAUCUACAUCAUCAACUACUUCUCAAAACAUGCCUCAACUUGCCAUUUUCAAUGAUUUUAUUGAAGUUUCCCCCAAGGGUAGUGCUCCAAUGAAUUCGACUUAUACGACCGUUCGUCCUCCUUUGAAACCUUCGGUGGCUAUUUCCUCCGUUGACACCAUCCUGACUUCUUCAUCAACAAAUUCUCAUUCUCUCAAUUCAACCCCGGUAGAUCUCCCAAGAUCUACCUCACUACCAGCAGCACCAAUUAAUAGAAGAAGAGCAACUUACACUCACCCUAAUCGCUCUCCAUACGGAAACUCCCUGAGCAGCUCACAUCUCAGAUCUCUUCUGAUUGUAUCGUCGUCAUCAUCCUCGUCGGCGUCUCACGUGGGGAACCCAUUCUAUAAGCCCAAAAAGGAUUUAUCAGCGGCUACAAUUUCCACUUCAACAUCGCCACAAGAAACUCUUUUUAACCCAGAUUUGCUUCUGGAUUUCUCCCUUAAGAGGAGAAAGUUAUCAGACUCAAUCUUUGACGAUCUUCCAUUAGACGACUAUACAGACCCACUGUACUUUCUCAACGACUUCAUUUCAGUUCUUGACGACUAA